AUUGAGUUGCUGUAGCAACGAGCGUUUUCUCUUCGGGACGCACGAGAGUGGGAAGUACACGAAAGAGUAUUUUCAAGCUUGGGUCACAGAGUUGCAUGAGAGGCAGGAAGUUGAGUCCAGGUUUUCAAGGAAAAUACAGGUACUUUGUUACUGUAUAGAGAAGCCUUCAAUUGCUUCCGUGUUCUUGAACUACUGAACUCAUGCGGCAAUGUCGGCAAUCUCCAGCCUUGUUCCAGCACGGUUUCUUACACUUAUUGCUCAUCUGGUCAUUGUGAUCACCAUCUUCUGGUCUCGGGAGAACAAUGUAUUGGCCUGCUUGCCUUUGCAAUAUACACAACAAGACUACAACAACAAGGAUACUGAGUUGAUUGUGGCCCUCUCUGUGACCCUAGGAAUGUUUGCAAUCGAGCUGGCUGGAUUCUUUUCUGGCAUAUCUAUGUUUAACAACAGCCAGAGUCUACUGUCUUUAGUUGCUCACUGCAGUGCUGCUGUCACCCUGUCCUUCUUCGUGUUUCGGAAGUGGGAGUGCUGGACGUACUGGUACAUUUUUGGAUUCUGCAGUGCCCUCCCAGCAUUAAUUGAGAUUGUCCUAUUUAUUGCGGUACUGGGAAUGAAGAAGAAGCCGCUGUGAGUGCACAUAUGAAAAAGAAACUGAUCAAACAGAAGGAAGCCUGCUUCAGCCCAGUGCAAACAAUGAGGACAUCUGGCUGUCUCGUCUGUCUGAGAGAUGUCGUUGGCACCUCAGAUCCUCCAGAUGGAGCACUUCUCCUGAUUGCAUUCUGCAAAAUUGUAUUGUUACUUUAUUAUAUACUUAAUUAUAUUAAAAUGUCCUUGUAAAGGACCAUGUAUAUAUUGUUUUAUAUUUUCUACUAAAUGUUUUCUCCAGUAUUUUUUUAUAAUGCACUCAGAUUACCAAUAAAAGUGAGAUGAUUUUGUG